AAGUUAAGGGCUGCUAAUGUGAUAAAACUGUCAUUUUUAAGGAAUGCAGGAAUGAUUGUACCAUUGUUAAUAGCGCCUUCUAGUGGUUGUCUCAGUCUCCUUUCAGAGAAUAAUCAGGACACAUCCAACUUUAGAAUAUUUCAGAAAGUCUUUGCAAGGGAGAAAACUUUGCACUAAAGUCUGCACGAAACUAUGCGCCAUAUAAAGCGCAUAUUAUGAUGCCAGUGCGGCACACUCGACAGUAAUCAGGCGUUGGUGCUGCAUGUUUGCAGGGGAGACAUGCAGUGAGACAUGUCUGGAACAACACAUCCUUCGCGGAGCUUUGCACUUUGCUGCCUCUCUGAAGCCAGCAGCAGAACCUGUUUCCUCUGCGCAAAUGGAAGCAACAGGUGCUGCGGAGUUUGAUGACUUGCACACGAUCUCAGAACAACAGAGGGGAGAAACGAGAUGAAAAGUAAUGCAAGCAUUUCAAUGAUGCAGUUUCCACACACCAGAAACGUUCAUUAAUAAUCUCAAAUAAUUCCCUUUUUGCGAAAUAUUAAACUGCACUUUUCCUUUCAUUUACAGGAAAUAUUCCACUUAGGACGUGACAAAAUGAGGUCUGACGCAUAUAGCUGCAGUUACAGGGGAUUUUCGAUCAUAACUCAUAACAGAAAAUAGGUUUUCACUGAGCCAAAAAGCAGAUCUAUUUUUCACUUUCACAUUUGUGCGCAAAAGUAAGAGUCGAGCUCUCUUACUGCCUCUGAUCUGGUUUAGAUGUAUUUUUCUGUAAUGCAUGCUGAAGAUCUGUUUGGAGAAGUUCUCCAGCUCUUUGUGGCGUCGGUUCAGCCUUUAGGGUGAAACUGUGAUCCUCCUCCUGCUGCUGGAAGAAAAAACUGCCUGGCCGUCUUCCAGGCCUGGAACAAGUGCGCCUCCCUCUCCUGCUGCUGGGAGUAUUCAUGGUCCGGGGUUGGGGCACGGCUGUUUUAAAAAGGCAAGGCAGGUCUCCAGUUGAUCAGUCUGCUCAGAAAACUGGUGCUGGAGAAAGUCUGCAGAAGUCCAACAGAAGGGGACAGAAGUUCAGAUUUUUCUGCUUGUUUUUCUUCCUGCAGAGGACUUUAGAUCCACAAAAAUAGCACAUUUAAAUAUUUGAAAUUAAACUGAUCCCACAGAGAGAAAUCCUGCUGGUAAUGUGGGUUUUUAUUAGAUAGCUGCACUCCUGGAUAAAGACUCUUGGCUUUAACUGUAAAAAUCGGAUUAUCUGACUGAGACAUUGUGUUCAUUAGACCAGGAGCAGUUUUUUCCCUCUCCUCCUGGUGUUUCAGGGUUUUCUGCUGCAACCUGAAGAGACUCCAACGAUGUUUCUGAGCUGCUGUCUCCUGGUCACAUUCAUCCUGGGACUCUCCCGGUGCUCGGGCUCCUACGUUCCCUGCGAACCGUGCGAUGAGAAGGCGCUGUCCAUGUGUCCUCCGGUGCCGGUCGGAUGCCAGCUGGUGAAGGAGCCGGGCUGCGGCUGCUGCCUGACCUGCGCCCUGGCCGAGGGGCAGGCGUGCGGCGUCUACACGGGGACGUGCACCAAGGGCCUCCGCUGCCUGCCCAGGAGCGGGGAGGAGAAGCCCCUGUACGCCCUGCUCCACGGCAGGGGAGUGUGCACCAACGAGAAGGGCUACAAGCCUGCCGCCGCGCCCGGAGAUCGGGAGACCCGGGUGGACAUGGAUGCCAUGACUCCGGACGUUACGGGGGUGAUGCAGUCAGCCAAAGUGCCGCUCACCUCCAAAGACAUUGUGAACAGUAAAAAAGUGAUUGCAGUGCGCAAAGAGCAGAAGAGGAAGCUUGGCAAGCAGCGCUCCUUUGCCCCCAGCAUGGAUUACUCCCCGUUGGAAAUCGACAAGCACGAGCCUGAAUUUGGUCCCUGUCGGAGAAAAUUGGAUGGGAUCAUCCAGGGAAUGAAGGACACUUCUCGAGUUAUGGCUCUCUCUCUGUACCUUCCCAACUGUGACAGAAAAGGAUUCUUCAAACGCAAACAGUGCAAGCCGUCUCGUGGCCGCAAGCGGGGCAUCUGCUGGUGCGUGGACAAGUACGGCGUCCAGCUGCCGGGGACAGACUACAGCGGGGGGGACAUUCAGUGCAAAGACCUGGACAGCAGCAUCAAUGAGUGAAACCGAGGAGGGGGCAGGAGGAGGGCCAUCCUCAUCCCCCGUCCACUUCCCUCCCCCACCCUCUCCCCUGUAAC